ACUCGUUUUUAGACAUGAAAUAAAGAGAAUAUUCCCGAGAAACACAGGACCAAACGGUCCAAACCUUGAUGAAACUCCCCACACAAACAUUGUUGUCUCAAAUUCUCCACCUGACACAACACAAACACCUGAAACAAGGCCAAACACUUCAUGCCCACAUCAUCAAAACAGGCCAACUAUCAUCAACUUACAUAGCCAACACUCUCAUCAACUUGUAUGCCAAGUGCCAACACUUGCCCCAAUCCAACCUCAUUUUUCAAGAAAUUCAAGAAAAAGACAUUGUCUCUUACAACACUCUCAUCAAUGCUCAUUCUCAACUGGGUUGUGUUCAAAAUUCAAUCUUUGUUAUUAAUUUGUUCAAACUCUUGCUUUCACAAGUUGGGUUGGUCCCUGAUGGUCAUACUUUUCCGGGGGUUUGUAAUGCUGCUUGUAAUUUGUUGGAUUUGUUUGUUGGGCAGCAAGUUCAUUCGGUUGCAAUGAAGAUUGGAUACUGUUAUGAUGUUUUUGUGGGGAGUUCUUUGGUUAAUAUGUAUUGUAAAUUGGGUGUUGUUUGUGAUGCUCGUGUGGUUUUUGAUAGAAUGAUUGAGAGGAAUUCGGUUACCUGGGCUUCGAUGAUCUCGGGGUAUGCUAUGGAGAGGUUUGUGUUUGGUGCUUUGGGGGUUUUUAAGAUGAUGAUGUGGGAAGAUGUUGGAGGUGUUAAUGAGUUUGUUUUUACUAGUGUGCUUAGUGCUUUGACGUCGUGUGAUGAUGUUUUUGUUGGUAAACAGCUUCAUUGUCUUGUUGUUAAACUUGGGUAUUCUUUGGUUUCGUCUGUUGGAAAUGCUUUGGUUACAAUGUAUGUCAAGUGUGGUAUCUUGAAAGAUGCCUUUAUGUCAUUUGAGUUGGUGAGGGACAAGAAUUCUAUUACAUGGACGGCAAUUAUCACUGGGCUGGUGCAAUCAGGGGAUUCUGAACAGGCUUUGAGUUUGUUCUCUAAGAUGCAAUUUUUCAAGGUGGAGUUUAAUGAAUCGACCCUCGUUGCUGUCCUAAAUGUUUGUAGUGAUAGUGGUGGAUUGGAGUUGGGAAAGCAAGUUCAUGGUUUUCUUGUGAAGUCGGGAUAUGAAUCAAAAAUUCAUUUAAUGACAACUUUGGUUGGUAUGUAUGCUAAAUGUUGCUGUGUAGGAGAUGCUAGGAAGGUGUUUGAUUAUCUGCAGGAACCUGAUAUUGUAUUGUGGACUUCCAUGAUUGGAGGGUACAUUGAAGCUGAGGAGAAUGAAUAUGCUAUCGACUUGUACUGUAAAAUGCAGAUAGAAAGCGUUAUGCCAAAUGAGUUAACUAUGGCCCGUGUUCUAAAAGCUUGCUCUAACCUUGUUUGUUUGGAUCAGGGAAAGCAGAUCCAUGCUCAUACCAUUAAAUUUGGAUUUGGUCUGGAAGUUCCAAUUGGAAGUGCCCUGUUGAUGAUGUAUGCAAAGUGUGGAAGCCUGAACGAUGGUAAUCUUGUCUUUAGAAGAAUGCCUAAUAAGGAUGUGGUGUCAUGGAAUUCAAUGAUUUCAGGUCUUUCUCAAAAUGGACAUGGUCAUGAAGCACUUAAUCUUUUCCAAGAGAUGCUAUUAGAGAACACAACCCCGGACAGUGUCACUUUUGUUCACAUUCUCAAUGCUUGUAGUCACAAGGGCUUGGUAGAUGGAGGUUGGUUCUAUUUUAAAAUGAUGUCUGAUGAAUAUAAUAUUACCCCAAGAGUGGAGCAUUUUUCAUGCAUGGUCGAUAUAUUGACCCGUGCAGGAAAGCUCUAUGAAGCAAAAGAGUUAAUUGAGACAAUAACCUUUGAUCAUGGUCUACACUUGUGGCGAAUUUUGUUAAGUGCUUGUCGAAACUACCGUGACUAUGAACUGGGGGUUUAUGCAGGAGAGAAACUGAUGGAACUAGGUUCAGGAGAAUCAUCUACAUAUGUUUUGUUGUCAGGUAUUUACGAAGUAUUAGGAAGGCGAGAAGAUGUGGAGCGUGUACGAAAGAUGAUGAAACUUCGAGGAGUGAGCAAACUUCCUGGGUGUAGUUGGAUUGAGCUGAAAAAUCAGAUACAUGUCUUUGUCGUUGGAGAUCAACUACAUUCAAAAAUUGACCACAUACGGGUUGAAUUACAAGCAUUGACUAAACAAAUGAAGGAUGAAGGUUACGGGGAACAUUUUGAUGUAACCUUAAUGGGUUUCGAGGGCUAAGAAUUGAGAUGAAGAUAAUUUGACAGCCAUAUUUCAUGUGUCUAUUAACUUCAAUUGGUCAAUUUAUAUACGUUACAGUGCAUCUAUCCUAUAUUCUGCCAGUAGAAUAGAAUUUUUUUCUGUCCAUACCUGCCCAGCCAUAGUCUGCAAAUCAAUUGCAAUAUUGUGCUGGAAAUCGUUGGUAUUACUCUGGAAGAGAAGUGUAAAUGAUUGGAGCUGCACCUUAUCCUCGGUACUUGAAUAGAUAGUUCCUGUUACCUCUAUGCUUUCUUCCGCUGGUUGGAGUCUGUACUUGCUUGACUAAGAGGUAGUUUGCUUGGUGUAGUGCUAGGGUGCAGCUACUUUGAUAAUGUUUAACCUCAAAUAUCUGAGUUUCUUACGCGAAGUCAUACUUCAGGGCAAAUAUAAAGGCCAUGAGGAACGACUGAUAUCUGUUGACUUAUGCCCUUAGGUCUGAAGUCGGUGUACAUAAUAUGCUAUUGAGAUUAUAGAAGUCAGUGUAAAGUCGAGAAUUUUCAAAGUGAGAUGAACUUAGAGAAAAUCCUUAUUGAAGCUGUGCAACAAUAAGAGGCAAUGACAUCUGAAAAGAUGAUGUCUAAAUUCUCAGGAAACUCUCCGUAACUGAGUGAGUGCCCAGUCCAGGAUACGACUUAAUUGUUUUAUCGCUGCUAGAAGCCGUUUCAAAUAGUAGCUUGCUUACUGCUGGAUCAGUCACUUUGUCAGCCUCAUCACGGACAACAAGAAAAGGAAGUUUUUAAAAUGAAAGAAAAAGGUGGGACUUAAGGAUAACUCUUUUUCUUACUUCAACAUCUCUAAAGGCGACAUCAGUGUUGGGAUUAUUCUCCAAGUAGAAAUUACUCGGGCAAGCUGUGCAAGAACACUUCUCACCAUCUGAUUUGGUUUUAUGUCAUCUGCAACCUAGAUAUAAGCCAACACAAUCAGGGAGAAUCAUUUCUGGGUUUCUAAGGAAAAGCAUACCACAAUGCAGGAGAAAUGCUCGGUACAAUUGGUAACCAGAUCAUCAGUAUUUGUAAUCAGACUUUCCAUGGGCUUCAUAAUCUAUACCAUUGUCUGCACAUCCUGCCCUCACAAGUUGAUGAGCAGCACCUGCGGAUUCAUGCCAUGUCCAUCAUAUAUUCUCACUAUGCGUUUGGUGAUAUAUAUGUACGUGAAUUGUGCAUAUUUACCUCUCAUUGAGAUGCUGCAAUCCAUAGCAUAGCCAUGUCAAAGAAAGACUAUAGCUUUAGGAUCACAAUCAGGUAGCCAUUUACAGCUGAAUAGCUUCAUUUCUCUAGAGUUUAAUUAUAUAUAUUCCUGUGAAAUAUUUUCCGGAAAGCAUAAAGUAUAGAUGUCUAUGAUUGACGCA